CCUAAAUGACAAAUCCGUACUUUACUCUCGAAUGUCAGCCUACCCACCUUUGUAUGGAAUUUUAAUGUUGAUCAUUACUUUAAAGUUGUCAAAGAAUAACUAUAUUUACCAUUUAUAACAUUCAGUGUAAGGCUAAGCUAAAAACAGAAAACAUAGUCCAACCUAUGAAAACCAACACCAGUCAGGAUCUGAUCCAAAAACUCAACACACAGCGAAAAGGAUUACAGUAAGGAACUUGACUGACGAUAAUCUGAAUGCGCUUUCCAGUUCCACCUUUUGAUAACCAUUCAGGUGUGUAACACACUGUAUCGUGUUCCAGCUCCGGCUUAGUGUAUCAAAGCAGCUCCCAGCAUCUGGUGAAGGGUGGAGCUGUCAUAGCUGUCUCAUCAAAUACACACACCAACGACUGACAGGCAGGUUGGAUCAUUUUAGUCCUCAGAAUAGGGACAAUACGUAGCCUGAGGCACUGCGGCAAUGCCCUCUUUGUAAUGGAAACAUCUAGAACGUCAACGCUACGGAACAGAACAGACAGGCCAUGCCAAAGAAGGCUUUGAUAUUCUACUUGUAGAAUGCACCUGUGCAUCAUUGGCAGUUCGUUAUUGUUCCUGCCGGUUUUAUGUGUUUGCACAGCUGCCUGACUUGACUGUUCUUUGGAAGGUGUAUUGAACGUUGUUGUAUCUGAAAGGUAAAGGUUAAGUCUAGCCAAAAUAUUAGGGUGGAUAGAUCUACAGUAUAAAAGUUAGAGUAAAAUCUCAAACUGAGUGACUCAGAGGUGGAGAGGCAUAGCCUUUACAUAUUUUGUUUGCCCAUAGUGCAUACGGAUUUGCCUGCUUGUAAAUCACACCUCUUUGUCUUUACAUGCAAAAGACAGGUCAGUGAUUAAGAUACAGUAUAUUUACCUUGUAAAAAAUAUGCUUUGGAUAAGUCUUCAUUGGCCUCCUCUAUGAUAGUGUUGUGUAAUGUUUUGCUAUUACUGAGUACACUGUACUAGUGUAUUUACUACUGAGGUAGCCUAAAGUCUACAUGUGGAAAGGGGCUGGUUUACAUCAUGACAGUUCAUUAAAGGUCAUGACUCAAGAGGGUCUGGAAGUAACAGACUACUGCCGUAGACCUAUUACCCAUGUCUAGGACUAGGUCUGUAAAUCGUCAAUAGCAGAGGGAAUUUAAUCAUCCUCAACCACACGUCAUAAAACCUCCCAAUGACAGGUGAGAAAUCCUCAGGCGCUGUUGAUAAAUAUUUAUCUAUUUUUUUAAUUAUUGCCAAGAAAGCAGGGAGGUGGAGAAGAACAAUACAGGAAGGUGUGUGCCAGGAACAGUCAUCAUAUUAGCCUUGCAAUAAAAGAAAAAGCAGAUGAUGUAGAAUUGAAAAAACUUUGCAAAACGAGGCUCUCUCAAUGCAGAUGGGACAAGAAUAUCAGCAUAGACCAUACAGAAUUACGCACCCGACAAGAAUUAUGCACUAGAGGCCCCCCCAAAAAAUAUACAUAUGUUUUAUUGUCACAUACACACCGGAUAGGUUUUUUACGGGGUCAGCCAUUGUAAUAAGGUGCCUGGAGCAAAUUUGGGUUAAGAGCCUUCCUCAAGGGUACAUCAACAUAUUUUUUACGUGUCGGCUCGGUAUUCGAACCAGUGCCCUUUCGGUUACUGGCCCAACGCUCUUACCGUUAGGCUGCCUGUCUUAACAAACAAGUGUAAAUCAAAAACGAGGCUCUCUCAAUGCAGAUGAGACAUGAAUAUUAGCCUCUUAGACCAUACAGUAUUAUUCACCCCCCACCACCAAAAUGGACACUUUAACCGUAAACAGCGCUGCAAAAACAACAAGGCUACUGUAUCAUUUCAAACUGCUUCUAGUCUAUCAUCCAUCCACAAGGGCCGCGUGCGGUGGACGGGUGAACCACAGCAUCGCGGGCUUCUCCCCCGCGAAAUUCACUGAACUAACUCCUGAGGCAAACGGAACCAGCAACUUAGACCUCAGAACUGGAUAAACACUUGGAAAAUGGCAUACAGCAGGCAAGCUAAGGACUUUGUUGCCAUUUCUGAUUUACACCCAAAUACAACACAUCCGAGAGUGGCUGGAGUCAUCAUUGGAAAAACUGAUGUCAAAAGCUUUCCAGACAGGAAAAGUAUUGGUUUUGACAGAUUCACUUUCGGCUUCACAAUCAAGGACUCGCCAGACUAUUUCAUUAAUGUAUCCUCGUGGGGCAACGAUGGAUACAUCAAUGGGCUCUCUAACAGCUUCCGCAUAGGAGACUGUGUUAUUAUAGAAAAUCCUUUAGUUGCUACCAAAGAUCCUGAGAAAGAGGAUAGAUUCUGCCCCUCAACUCCCAGCUUAUACAGGUUGCUGGUGAGUGAAGCUCACUCCCAGCUAUCAAUAGGCUCUGACAUAGAGACGAUGAACAGGCUGCUGCCUCUGCUCCACCUGCCUGUGAAGGACUCCAGGGACUUCUACUCUUUGGGAGACAUUGUGGCCAACGGACAGAGCCUGGACAGGACCGUCAUUAACAUACUCGCCGCCGUUCGGUCGAUUGCAGAGCCAAAGUUUUUCACCACGGCGGACGGACGCAAAGGGCAGAGGCUAGAAGUGAAGCUCUUUGAUGAUUCUGUCACAUCUUUUCCCUUAGUAUGCUGGGACAGAGAGGCCAUUCAGCUAGUUCAGACUCUGAUACCAAGAGAAACAGUGCUCUUUAUCUCGGAUGCCAGGAUUGGUUUUGACAGCUUCCGGAACUGCAUGACAGCUACAGUCAAUUCUAAAACCAUAAUCACUGUCAACCCGGAUACAAAGGAAGCCAGCCUUCUGUUCAGCUAUGCCAAAGAGGUCUCUGAGUCUGGUGUGUUGGAUGAGGAUGACAGGCCUGGAGAUGUGUCUGUGGAUUCUAUCAGUGAUGUGUACACAGUGAGCCAGCUCAAACUCAAAGCCCAGGAGAACCCGGAGGUAUUCUGUGGAAUCACCUACAGCUUCAUCUCCAAACUAGAUCUAGACACCUCUGUCUCCAAAGUCAUCAGAAGCAGGUGUUCCAAGUGCAGGUACCAGGUGAAUGAGGAGAUUCAGAGCUGCUCCAACACAGCCUGCCCUGGGGGAGACCAGCCUCUGACUGUGACCACAGGGUUUGAUCUUCUGGUGGAUGUGACAGACCACACAGGAACCCUGCAGUCCUGCUCCCUGAAUGGCACUGUCGCAGAGAAGACUCUGGGAUGCAAUCCCGAGGAGUUUGUGAGUUUAACAGAGGAUGAGCGAACGGCGAUGAAAUGGAAGAUUCUCUUAGAAAGAUGCAAAGUAUAUAUCAAGAUCACUCCCUCUCCCAAAAGCAGAAGUGGAAUGAGAGGCAAUGUCCUGCAGUGUUCCCUCGCUGAUCCAGGAGAAGUGAAGCAGAACAUGUCUGCCCUGCAGUAAUCUCGUUCACCAGUUGUGUGGUUGGGUCCAAGUGUGGCGAGUCCUUCAGUAGCUUUCUCAUAUUAGGUGAAUAAUGGUUGAGAUGCACUUUUGACAUGGAUUGUGGGUUCUGUAGCUAGGCCUAGAUAGAAUGUACACAUUUUUCAUAUUUAUUUCCCUUUAUUUAUUUGGUAUUGUAUAUGUGCUGUAAUGUACUGUAUUUAUGUGUAUAGUGAUAUAUAUAUAUAUAUAGUAUAAAAAUAUUUUUGAAACCAUUGCAUUAUUCUCUAAUGAGCUUGGAGGCCUAUCCAGUUUACUGUGCAGAUACCGUUGGGGUCAGAAGUUUACAUACACUUUGGUUGGAGUCAUUAAAACUUGUUUUUCAACCACUCCACAAUGUUCUUGUUAACAAACUAUAGUUUUGGCAAGUCGGUUAGGACAUCUACUUUGUGCAUGACACAAGUCAUUUUUCCCACAAUUGUUUACAGACAGAUUAUUUCACUUAUAAUUCACUGUAUCACAAUUCCAGUGGGUCAGAAGUUUACAUACACUAAGUUGACUGUGCCUUUAAACAGCUUGGAAAAUUCCACAAAAUGAUGUCAUGGCUUUAGAAGCUUCUGAUAGGCUAAUUGACAUAAUUUGAGUCAAUUGGAGGUGUACCUGUGGAUGUAUUUCAAGGCCUACCUUCAAACUCAUGCUUGUUUGCUUGACAUCAUGGGAAAAUCUAAAGAAAUCAGCCAAGACUUCAGAAAAAUAAAUGUAGACCUCCACGAGUCUGGUUUAUCCUUGGGAGCAAUUUCCAAAUGCCUGAAGGUACCACGUUCAUCUGUACAAACAAUAGUACGCAAGUAUAAACACCAUGGGACCACGCAGCCGUCAUACCGCUCAGGAAGGAGACACGUUCUGUCUCCAAGAGAUGAACGUAUUUUGGUGCGAAAAGUGCCAUUCAAUCCCAGAACAACAGCAAAGGACCUUGUGAAGAUGCUGGAGGAAACGGGUACAAAAGUAUCAAUAUCCACAGUAAAACGAGUCCUAUAUCACAAAACCUGAAAGGCCGCUCAGCAAGGAAGAAGCCACUGCUCCAAAACCGCCAUAAAAAAGCCAGACUACGGUUUGCAACUUCACAUGGGGACAAAGUUUGUCCUUUUUGGAGAAAUGUCCUCUGGUCUGAUGAAACAAAAAUAGAACUAUUUGGCCAUAAUGACCAUUAUGUUUGGUGGAAAAAGGGGGAGGCUUGCUUCAUCCGUGAAGCACAGGAGUGGCAACAUCAUGUUGUGGGGGUGCUUUGCUGCAGGCGUGACUGGUGCACUUCACAAAAUAGAUGGCAUCAUGAGGGAGGAAAAUGUGGAUAUAUUGAAGAAACAUUUAAAGACAUCAGUCAGGAAGUUAAAGCUUGGCCACAAAUGGGUCUUCCAAAUGGACAAUGACCCCAAGCAUACUUCCAAAGUUAUGGCAAAAUGGGUUAAGGACAACAAAGUCAAGGUAUUGGAGUGGGCAUCACAAAGCCCUGACCUCAGUCCUAUAGAAAAUUUGUGGGCAGAAUUGAAAAAGCGCGUGGGAGCAAGGAGGCCUACAAACCUGACUCAACUACACCAGCUAUGUCAGGACGAAUGGGCCAUAAUUCACCCAACUUGUUGUCGGAAACUUGUGGAAGGCUACCCGAAACGUUUGACCCAAGUUAAACAAUUUAAAGGCAAUGCUAACAAAUACUAAUUGAGUGCAUGUAAACUUGACCCACGGGGAAUGUGAUAAAAUAAAUAAAAGGUGAAAUAAAUCAUACUCUACUAUUAUUUUGACAUUUCACAUUCUAAAAAUAAAGUGGUGAUCCUAACUGACCUAAAACAGGGAAUUUUUACUAGGAUUAAAUGUGGUGUAUGUAAACUUCCGACUUCAACUAUAUAUACGAAAUAACGAUGAGACAAGAUUCUGGAACAGUCAUGUUUGAUGUGAAUAUGUUGAUAUGAAGAUGAUUAUACACUACUAAUCUCUCUUGGACAGAUGCACAAAACACACAUGUAGUAGCAUUAACCGAGGAUCUAACGCAAUUAUGCAAGAUAUUAGUUCUGCGUGUCCAAGAUUAAUACAUUACAGUCAGUUACUUAUCAGACUAGCUCUUGCGAAUCCAAGGGGCCAUUCUGGCCUUGGGUUCCCACACCAAGCGUUGACAACGGUGAGACCAGCUUACGAAAGUCCUGACGCUCUCCCCACACAUAAAAACAUGUUGCUUGCGAUACGGUUUACAAACGU